AUGGCGAGCGCCUUGACCAAGCUGGUGCGGAUGAUUUGGAGCGCUGCUCCGACGGCGCCGGAUGGGAAGACUGAUUUGCACGCCGCUGGAGGCGUGUCUGAUGAGAAGACGUCCGUCUUCCACGAUCUGCUACACCUCGGUGGCACAAGCUCGAGGACCAUCGUUCAGGCAUUCAACACCCUCGCUGCGGGCGAACCGCUCGACGACAAGAAAUGGCUGCUCGAGCACGGUGUAGCAAUGCUCCAGUCCCUUCCACCGGACAGUGGGCUGAGUGCAAAAGUGUCCGGAGCAUUCAUCAAAAUGCUAUGGCACGACUUACCACAUCCUCCAGCAGCUCUGGCCGGCCCAGAAGGCCGCUACCGAAGACACGACGGAGGGGGCAACAACCACUGGGACUCCGAGAUGGGCAAGGCCGGAAUGCCAUAUUGCCGCAGCGUGCCGCCGAUGAAGCCGAAAGGUACCAACUUGCCCGACGUCGAGCUAGUCUUUGAGAAGCUGCUCAAACGCAAGGGACCAUUUCGCCCACACCCAUCUGGCCUGAAUCGAAUGUUCUUCUCUUUCGCCACGAUAGUCAUCCAUGAGUGCUUCCAGACCUCUCGCACUGACCAAUGGAUCAAUGAGACUAGUAGUUAUGUCGACCUUUCCACUUUGUAUGGCAACACUGGCGAGGAACAGAAGAGAGUCCGGACCUAUGAGAACGGAACCAUAUUCCCGGAUUCGAUCGCCUCGGAAAGGAUAAUGAUGAUGCCUCCUGGCGUGAUUGCCGUUCUUAUCAUGUUUUCGAGGAACCACAACGAAAUCGCUCAUUCUCUUUGGUCCGUUAAUGAAGAGGGGAAGUAUGGAGACUGGGAUGAGCUGACGAAAGAGCAAAGAGACUGGCAGGACGAAGACAUCUUCCAACUCGCACGCAACAUCAACGUCGCCUACUUCGCCUCAGUCGUGCUGAAAGACUAUGUCGCUGCCAUCCUCAACACGCCACGCGCCAACUCUGAGUGGUCUCUGGACCUCGGAGGCGAAAUCAAGCUGCGAGGCAACCGGGUCGAGAGGGGCGCUGGAAACGUGGUUUCUGUUGAAUUCGCCGUUCUUUACCAUUGGCAUGCCGCUCUCAGCGCGGCGGAUGCGGAAUGGAUGGACGAUCUGAUACGCAGGAACCUACCAGAACUGAAGUCGGUGGAGCAGAUGACGCCCGAGCUCUUUGGGAAGGUGGUGAAGCAGGAAGGGCAUAAGCUCAUGUCGACCAAGCCACGAAACUGGACUUUCAACGGCUUGGAAAGAGGCGCAGAUGGGCGGUUCGACGAUGCCGAUCUUGGCAAGGUCAUCAAAGACUGCAUUGAUGAGCCAGCUCACGCAUUUGGGGCUCAUGGCACGCCGGCAAGUUUGAAGGUGGUCGAUCUCCUGGGUCAGCUUCAAGCUCGAGGCGUCUUUAAUGUGUGCACCUUGAAUGAGUUCCGACAAUACCUCAACCUCCAACCAUACACGAACUUCAUGCAAUGGUGUGAAGAUGAGGAGACUGCGAGAGACGCUGAGCUCCUCUACGGUCACAUUGACAACAUGGAGCUUUACCCAGGAUUGCAGGCAGAGUGCACAAAGCCGCCGAUGCCAGGUAGCGGAGUAUGCCCGGGGCAAACGACAGGACGUGGUAUCCUUGACGAUGCAGUGUCACUCGUUCGCGGCGACCGCUUCUUGACUUACGACAUGAACAGCAGCACCCUCACCAACUGGGGUGUUGCGAAGCUAAACAAUAGCGUCGCUAAGGGCGCAUAUGGAGGUGUCCUUCCGACCUUACUCUUUGCAGGUCUUCCGGGCGAGUUCACUGGCACUUCCGCAUACGCCCUGCUUCCAUUCUACACUCCCCAAGCGGUGCGAGAGAUCUUGAGCGGCAACGGAGUACUGGAACAGUACGAACUGCAGCGACCUCCUGCCAACGCCACAAAGAUCGUGGGCAUACAUACCCAGGCCGGUUGCAAGAAGAUCUUCGAGGAUCGCGACAACUUCGUGGUCAUGUAUCAAAAGGCGAUCCGGAAUUGCACCGAUGGACAUGACUUCAUGAUCGGCUGGGAUCAGAGGAGACGGCAUGACGAACGCUCGACUCUGCUUCACCGGGUCUUCUUCGAGGAUGGAUUCGAAAGCAACGUAUCGCAAUACUUCCGGCAGAAAGUGAGGACGUUGAUCGAAGAGAGCUCCUUGUCGUAUUCCUACCCGGACACUCGAAGAUCCAUCGACAUCGUGAGGGACGUCACGAACGUCACACCCAUUCUUUGGCUUGCGGAGAGAUUUGCAAUUCCAUUGAAGACCCAGGAGCACUCUCGUGGAAUUCUCACCCGGGCUGAGUUGUUUGAGCUGUACUUGGUGCUGUUCAUGUACCAAAGCUUCAACAUCCUGCCGAAGAAUGAGUGGGCGAUGCGAGAGGGCAGUCAGAAGGUCUCGCCUCUCUUGAGAGGCAUUCUGGAGGGCCAUCUUCGCACGCAGCAAGGCGGAUACAAGGAAGUCUUCACGGACUAUGUUGAAAAGGGCACGGCGUAUGAAGUUGGGCCAGAUGCCGACCGUCUCUACAAAGCUCUCGCAGCGACAGGCCUACCCACCGGAGAUUUGGUGGGAGAUUGCAUCGGUAUGGCCGCACCUGUCGCAGGUAACCUCACGCAGCAGGCCUCUUUGCUCAUCGACUUAUACCUCAGCCCCGGCUACGAGAAGUACAAAGACCGGAUCGUCCAGCUUUCACACAGAGAAGACGCCGCAGCCGACAAGGAAUUACUCGGCUUCGUGUACGAAGGCAUGCGUCACGCUGGUGUCGUGCCCGGCCUCCCUCGUGUCGCAGCCCGGGAGAUCACGGUCAAAGAUGGCCAGCGCGGCCAAAUUCCCAUCAAAGAAGGCCAAACCGUCUUGAUCGCGACUUCAAGGGCAGCUAUGGAUCCAGUCGCUUACCCGAACCCAGAGCUGAUCGACCCCCAUCGUCCCAUCUCCUCUUACAUUCUUCUCGGCCAUGGACUACAUUUCUGCUUCGGAGCGCGCCUGGUCGCGCCCGCACUUGUAUCGACGCUGAAGGAGGUGUUCGGUCUCCGGAAUCUGCGCCGCGCGCCUGGCAAGAAGGGACAGUUCGCCACGGUCGACCAUCAGGUUGCGGGUGUUAACAUGAGAGCAUACCUUGACGCUAAUGCCAAGGAGAGUCCCAUCCCGACGACGUUGACGCUGAUUUAUGAUGAGGAGCGGCAUAUGAACGGCAGUAUUUGA